AUGGAUUCAAUCAGUGCUGCUUUGGGAGCUAUCAGUGUCACUACAGAACUAGUUGUGGAAGAACUUGAACCUCACAUUGAAACCUUGCUCACUGCAGUCAGAGAAAAGAAGAGCAGCAUAGCUGAGCAGGUGGUAGAGAGUGGCAUUCUGCCGGUCCUGGCUCAGGCCUUGAGGAGGAAAAGUGCCCUCACUGUACACUCAGCCAGACUGGUGGCUGAGCUCUCCAGGGAGGCCUGCUUCAGAGACAGCUGCUUUGAAACUGGAAUUGUAUCUGCACUUCUGACUCUGCUGCUCAGUGAGAACCAGGAGCUACUGCUGCACACUAGCCGAGCCAUCGGGAGAAUCUGCUGUGACAGCUAUCUGCAGCAGGACAGGCUGUUGAGGCUCGGAGCUGUCCCCAGACUGCUGUCUGUGCUUUUGCAGUAUUGUGAGAAUGAGGCUUUGCUGAGCUCCUGUCUCCUGGCUGUAUGUAACCUGGCUGGAAUGAAUGAACAGGAUGACUCUACACUUGUUUGGGAGAAGAGAAGCAAUUUUGACGAGGAAGUUCAUGUGUUCCAUGGCACCUCUCAGCACUCAUUUGGCUUUGUCUCUGCAGUGACAGUGGUUCGGCUAAACCAGUGGUCCCAUGGACAGCAUUCAGUAAGCGUGGAAGUAGUUCAGAAAUGCUCCACUCUCUUGUGGAAGGAACACAACAGAUAUCGGACUGAACGGCACUCGCUAAGUUUCACAUGCCUGGGUUUUUUACUCAAAUUCUACAAGGUAAUAAAGUGCUCUAUGAGGAACCUUACAAAGAACAGGAGUCAUCUGAGGUCAGCAGUGUUUCACACUUUCUUGUGA